ACAACACCAGACUUCUUGCAGUCCGCCUUUUCUCUUGAAAUCCGUCAAAAACAACACUGGCUCAGGCACUCACAAAGACAAGAAAACAGGAUUUUAUUGACAAUAGUUUAACUCUAAUGCAAUAGGCCAAGAAAGCUGGAGAUUUGAGAUCGACCUCUCUGUACCUGUCCUUUUUUCAAAUUUCUACCAAAAAUGGUUUCUUUUAACACGUGACGGGACAGUACUCCAGUUACAUUGCAAUCGUUCCGCCCCCGAUUACUGCUCCGUUCCGUGCACCACCAUUCGAAGUAAACCUUUCCUUUGAUAACAGAUCGUGCUAUGAUUCCAAUUUCCCAUCGCUACAGAUCGUUUGGCUUGUAGUAGGUGUAGUAUGUAAAAGUUGUAAUACUGUGUAGUUUACAUGUAUGCGUGGCCAUGGAGUCGUCUAUACCAGUAGUGGACUUCAGCCAAAUGAGCGUGGAGAAAGUAACAGAAUAUUACUCUUCAGAAAGCAUACAACAGUUGGCAGAUGAAAUACACCGGGCGUUCAGCACAGUGGGGUUUGUUUACCUGAAGAAUCAUGGCAUCCCACAAGAAAAGGUUAGAGAAUUUACUGGAAAAUCAUUGUAGUUCCCCUAGCUAUAAGUACCUGACUAUUUCAUUCAUCCUCUCCCCGGCCAUGAUGUUCACCACCAGUGAGUCAGUGACAAGACUGCUAGCCUGCGAAAAGCAGACGUUUCUCCUCGCUCAUCGUCGCUGAGGCACAUUUCACGAGGAGGAACGUCUGCGACUCAGUGACGGAAAUUCAAUGCUGAUGACGUAAAUCAGCGUUUACAUAAUAAAUCCGGUAGUCAUGGGGUUCCAAAUGUAAAUUUGUUCGAUUUUACGUUUCUCCUGUUCGAUUUUGGAAAAGUGUUGUGUUCAUCUGCAAACGAGAUCUAGCAAAACUCAAAUGCUUGUUCUAGCAAUGACUAUAUUCCACAAAUAUUGACUGUUUUGUUUGAGAUUCAUCGUGUUUACAUUUGACCUCUGCCGCCGUUUGUCUUUUAUCUGUCAUUCGUAAACAAUAGCUAAAACAAUAAGACUACUCCAUCGACCAAUUAGCGCUUAUGACUGGAUUCUGGGCAGAUUUUGUGUCAUCAGUAUGGAAUUUCUGUCACUGAGCUGCAGAUGUUCCUCCUCACGAAACGUCCCUCAGCGGCAAGGAGAAAUGUCUGCCGUUCACAGGCUACAAGACUGCAAGAGGUUACCAUCUUGCUUUUACAGGGUGUCAGAAAUCUACCCUGGACAAGAUUGGGUACCACUGUCUGUUCUGAUCCCCAUCACAAGCUAAGGUGAUAACAUUUGAAACUCACCCUCUCCACCCAUGGACGAGAUUUUUGAGGGGCUGGACAGAGGGGGGCGAGGUCUUUAUCUCUGAGGAGUUUAUUGGAGCUGACACACUGGCACGCUUUGCAAACUCACCAAAAGCCUUUGCUUAAGAGCCCUUUAAAGUACAAUCAACUUUUUUAAAAGGAUAUGGUGAACACCUCCCUAAAACAAACACUGAGAUAUGGGCCCUGCCACAUGGAGACUUAUCAAGCUUAAGGGGAUCCUCAUACUGACAAUACUGUUUAAGGAAGUGCAUGUGGGAAGGACUUGACAGGGGAUACAUAGGAUCAUGAAAAAUUAGAAAGACUCUCUCAUUAUAUUUUGAAGAUUGAUGGUAUUUUCAAGUUGAGUGAUGACUUUUUUCAACUGGAUGGUGAAGCCAAGCAGGCAUAUGCUCGUCCUGCCAGUGGAAGUGGACACGGAUGGGUUGCCUUUGAAAGAGAAAAGUAUUAAUCUUAUUAUUACUGUGUGACAAUUUGACAUUUUUGUGGGAGUUUUCAAAUGAUAAUUAUGUGUUAGUAUAAUUUCUCUCCAAAAAAAUGUAAUAUUUACUUCUUUUUUCUGUUCAGAAUAUUUUAACUCAUAAUAAUCAAGAGUGAUCUUGUUAAAUGGAUUUCUCAUUGUACCCCGCAAACAGAGGUUACUUUUCCCAUAUGGCUUUAGCAUUUGUAAAGGUGUGACAUUAGAUAUGUUAAUGACUUUGUAAAUGCUAAGAGCCAUGUGCCUACGGGAAAGAAACCUCUGCUCACAGGGUAAUUUUUUUGCUCAGUAGAUUUAUGUGUGAUGCCAAAGUGGAUGUGAUUUGAAAUAACUUGUAAAAGCUUGGAGAAAGGCACAAAAACCACCAGAAAGGUGUAUUUAUGUACUUUCCAAUCUCAUUAAUAAUAUUAUUAUUUUAAUGGCUGUAUUUUUUUUUCUUUGAAUGGCCUCAAAAUCUAGUUAAUAAAGAACAUAAAAUUUAUGUUCUUUAAUAAUUAGAGAACAUAAAUUUUUAUUAAAGAACAUAAAUUUUAUGUUCUUUAAUUAUUAAUUAGAUUAUGAUAUGUAAUAUUUAUAUAUACCAUGCAGAAAAGACUGUUCGAUUGAGUGAUUGAUUGGUUGAUUUUUGGUAGAGUAAGUGCAGAUAGGCCAGCAGAUCACAAGGAAGCCUUUAACAUUACAGAACCAUGCAAUGAACAGCGCGUGAGUUGAAUUUUCCAACAUUUGAAUAACUUGCUUAGUUUAGAGUUCUAUUUUUUUGUAAGAAUUUAAAUCAUUGGUAAGCAUAUCCUGCCACUCAACUGUUUCUUUUUAAUGCAUAUAUCAUAUUAUGAGUAGGUUGUGGCCCUGUGACCUUUAACACUCUUAUAUGCUGCAUCAAUUUUUGACAGAGGAUCGGAGGUCAGUAGAGGAAUCAACCUGAGUGGCGGGUGUGGCGGGUUGGGGGUACGGGGACACUCAUUUAGACCUUAGUGAUGGGUCUAGGUCUUGAAAAACCUUUUUUACUUGGUCCUCAAGGGAGCUUUGUAAAUGGAUGUUUCUCUACUGCAAUUAAUCUUUUAAUCAUUAUUUUAUUUAAAGAAAAUGGACUGGUUUAUGUCUUUCCUCCUGCAUGGGAAAAGUCCACAUUUAGCUGUUAUCAAUCAUUUUCUUGAUCUGCAGCACUUUUGUCCUUUUUUGAUCAUAGGGGUUCUUUUUAAUGCCUAAAAGCCACCUGAUGUAAUUUUUGUUAUGAUAUUUUGCUGUUGUCAAGGUUUGGCCAGAUGAUAGGGUACCGAAUUUUCAGAGUGAGAUAGCAUCAUUCUUUAAACUUUGUGGUGACUUGUCCUUACGAAUACUCCAUGUCAUGGCCCUUGGACUGCAGCUCAAGGUAAAUCGUUUCUUAUGUCCCCAAACAUUUUUAUGUGAAUAGCAUUUUCAAGAGUAGCAUAUUCAGUUGAACCUCUUCACAACAGCCACCUUGGAGAAAAAAGAAAGUGGCCCUUCUAAAGAGGUUUGAACCAGACACAAUGUAUGGACUGUCCGCCAAAAAAAGGGUAGCCAUUGUAGAGAGGUGGCCAUUGUUUAAGCUGUUAGUGGAGGUUCAACUUUAUGUACAUAAACUACUCGAGGAGCAAGGGUGGUGCAUUGGCAAGAGCACUCGCCUCCCACCAAUGUGGCCCUGGUUCAAAUCCUGGUGUUGACGCCAUAUGUGGGUUGAGUUUGCGGUUGGUUCUCUCCUUCGCUCCUAGAAGUUUUUUCUCUAAGUACUCCGGUUUCCCCUUCUCCUCAAAACUCAACAUAAUUAUCUUUAAAUUCCAUAUUCCAAUUCGACCAGGAAUGGUAAACGAAGAACCACUACAAGGAUGUGCUACCUCUAAAUCGUUAUUUAACUGCACUUUUUCAGUUGUCAUUUAACUACUAAUCAAGAUCAGGUGACCUUUGCAUACUACAUAUAACUUCUUUUUAAUGCAGGAUCCAGAAACAUUCACAAGCACUCACAAAGCUAUGGAGACAACAAAGAAUUGCACCACAUUACGUUUGUUGAACUAUCCUGGCAUUUCUAAAGAUGCUGUCGUUAAACCAGGACAGAUUCGCUGUGGAGAGCACACCGACUAUGGCUCCAUCACACUGCUUUUCCAGGACGAUAUGCCUGGACUAGAGGUAUGGUAGUAACCUUUUCCUCCCUUAAGUCAGUCGUGGAGAAUGAAACUGUAGGUUAAACCUGUAGUGCACUUUUGUGGUCGAAAUCUGGUGGAGGGUAUGUGUACAAAAAGUGGGCAACCGAACAUUGGAAGAUUACGUAGCAUCAAAACAUUAUACGUGCUGCCUUCUUUACAUUGCCCGGAACUAAAGGGCGAUUCUCAUUCAGUAUCGCUGGUUUAUCUAGAAUGGAAAGAAAGGAAGAGCCUUUUGGAUACUUGGUUUUUAGUUCAUAUAGAUAGCUGAUGGUGUAGUUACUAGAAGUAUAAUUUGCACUCCUUAACCAGUUGUGUUUCACUUGACAGGUCUUACCUCUUGGAAUUACUGAAUACAUACCCGCCCCGCCCUUUCCUGGAGCAAUAAUCGUCAAUGUUGCAGACCUCAUGCAGAGAUGGACAGCUGAUAGGCUUAAAUCAACGGUAAACUAGUUACAUGCUCUUUAAAACUGAUCCAGAGUACAAUCGAAUUUCUACUACAGCUACCUCCCUGCAACGGCCACUUUUUAGUUAUGGUUGACAGUCCAUACAUUCACCAGGGGGCGUAGCUAAGAUUUUUCUAGUCGUAAGGAGAGUGUUUCACAUCACCCGCAUUCCCGUCACCCAAAAAUCGAUGGGAACGAGAACGGAAAAAAAGCGAUAGGUUUAGAUUAGCAAAACAACAACUUUGGACGUGCAUCACGCUUUUUUUGUACUUUUCAGUGCCUAAUUUCACGUUUUGUCGAGGACGGGAACAGAAGACAACAACUUUCCUUUCUUUUCCUGAAUUUUGAUACAGUCCUUUAGAAUUCAACUCCAAAUUUGACGAAUUAAACGAGAUGGAAUAUUAAAGCGUCAUAAAGUUUAAAGCAGCCAGAAUUCACUUUUUAAGUGACGUUUUCGUAGCCGUCGCCGUCGUGGGAUCUUCCAUAAAGUUCACUUGGUUGAAUUCUAAUUCUCUUGUCGCUUUGGUGAAGUAAUAGUCUCUUGUGAUAAUUUCUUUAAUCAUUUCAGUACCACGAUAGAGAUACCGGUAGGGGUAAAAAAGAAUGUUUUUCUGUCACAAAAAAACUUUAAUUUUCGCCCCUUAAGGAGAAGACGAGCAAUGCCGCACCGUAAUUUUUAGGGAGUUAUCAUAACUCCAAAAAUGGAGUAAAAAUUGUAGGUACAGGAUAACCCCUUUUUUGGGGUUACUUUAACCCCUAAUUUAACUCCGAAUGUGGGGUCAUUUUUACUCCUCAAUAUUUGGGGUCACUUUUACUCCUGAAAAAGAGUUCUUUAAACUCCUUUUUGGAGUUAAAGUAACUCCCCAAAAAAUAACUCCACUGUAAGGAGGUAAAUUAGCCCCACUAGAGGAGUUAUUAUAACUUCUUGAAAAUUACUGUGCGUCCCUUUCUGAGUGUGAGCUCCGCCGGACGUCUAAAUAAAGGCCUACGCCAAAGGUCGAACUUUUCAUGAGACGAACCGGGCGAAACUCUAAUUUGGGUAGACCUAAAUUAAGUUAAGAUCGUCUUUUGGGUCAGACGUCGAACUUAGGACGCGUCGAACCAAUCAACUGAAUCAGACCAAAAGGCAAUUUUAAUUAACUUUCCCCCGAACGAAGCUAACUAUACCCAGUAUCAUACACAUUUUUAAUUUAUUAGUUUAGUUCCUCGCAUGUGUUGAAGUCGGACGUUUGUCCCGGAGACGAUCCUCAGACGUUCUGUCCGUCUGAAGCAUACGGAUAGAACGUGUUCACUGUUGGACGACCCAAACUCACUCAGACUAACUUACUGAGCCAGAUGUCUAACCUUUGACGAACUUAACUCACCAAGUUUGGUUCGUCUCGUGAAAAGUUCGACGUUUGGCCUGGCUUAAGCUUGCAAAAACUACAACCACGGCCUUAUGCAAAGAGAUUGCGAGUUUUGUUGAGGAACUAGAUUUUAGAUACAGUAAAAACCCGCAACUAAGAACCUACAUUUUUAGGAGUUAGCCUAAACAGGUUUUCAUAUAAAUGGUAGUUAACAGAAUUUUAGGCUAUUUAGGUUCUUAAAAUGGGUUCCCAAUCCUGGAGAAAAAACAAUUAAAACACAGCUGCAAACAAAUUGGUCAUUAGCCUAUACUUUUAUUUUCUUCAGCCCCACAACGCCACACUCUCGUUUACCUUUGGACGAACGAAAACGGAGGUUUUCGAAUACGCUAAUGUCAUACACUAUAUUACUACAGGAGCUCCAUCGUAUUUCUAUCGUUUUAGCGUUUUCAUGUGGACGGGUGAAAACGAUUUAAGUACGCUACAUGCGGACUCGUAUUUUUUUGAGAAAAAAGAAAAUAAUCCCCCUUUUCGAAAAUAUCUGGAUACGUUUGGAGAGGGCCUAACUGGUCACUGUCGUAGCCUUGUAUACACUGUUUACACGCUACGUACAUCGCAUGCGAAAAAGUUUUACCUUUUAGAUCCGCAGAUAAUGACAUCACUAAUAACAUUCGCUAUAUUUUCCGUCUCUUUUUCAGCGUCACCGUGUUUCUAUCCCAGAAGAGGAGUGUCAGAGACGAGUUCUGCGACGCUCCCUGGCCUUUUUUGUACAUCCCGACGAUGACACCAUAAUAAAGUGUCUAGAUGGGUCUGAGAAGUACCCCUCAAUAACGGCCUAUGAUUACCUGUGGCAGAGACUAAAUGCAACUUAUGAAUACUAAUAAGAAUAAGAUAGAUGUAUUCCAACUAGUUUGAUUUCAUUGAUACUUUUAAAAACCAAAUUUUUAGUGUAAAAUAGAUAAAGUCAAUUUUGCCCACUCCACCCAGAAGGAAAAACACACACACCUAGACUAAUUUGCAACGAACGGCCAUACAUACGUAUAUCUCAGAAAGCAACUCGCAAUUAGCCGACCCAGUCCUCUGGUCCGUGCCGGCAAAAUAGCUAUUCAGUUUCCCUGUUCUGUGAUACUACACUGUCAGAAAUACCAUUUAGCCUUAUUAGAUAAAUAGCUUGAAAUAAUUAACAAAAG